UAGCUUUCGCCAUUUUGUCAGAGAGUAAUCGGAGUGGACCCUGUGCAAAUCGGUGUUGGUGUUUAUUUAUUAUCAGAACUGAGUGUUAAUAACCGUCGAAUAAAAAGUUGUUAAUUCGUACGGUAAUACCCCAAAUGGCUUGCUUGAAUACACUCAAGCAGGAGAUAAAAACUCUUGAGUCUGUUUUCCCGAAAAGCCAUGAAAGGUUUCAGAUAAUGUCCGCGAGUGUGGAUGAACUCAGCUGCAGAUUUGUCGGUAAAAAUGGAAAGAAAUACGAAAUUCACGCCAACAUUACCGAAACUUAUCCUUCGACUCCACCAGUCUGGUUUGCAGAGUCCGAAGAAACUAGUGUCACAAAUGCCGUACAAAUAUUAAGUAACACAACGGGUCGUGACAAUCACGUUAUUAAUCAAGUAGGAAUACUAUUGAAAGAACUAUGUCGCCUUCAUUCGAUACCCGAGCCACCGGAUGUAGAGAGAUUAAGAACGGCAUUAGAUCCUCUGAGAUUAGGAGCCGCUGCAACCGCUGUUGUGGCACAACGAAUGGAAGCUGAGGAUACCGAGGAUAUUGAGGAAGACGAAGAAAGUGAGUCUGAGGAGGAUCUUCAUUUAGAUAUGGACGAGGGUGAAGCUAACAAGAAGAGUAAGGCUGACGACAUGGAUUUAGAACACUUAGCAACGUUAGAAAGGUUGCGGCAAAAUCAGAGGCAAGAUUAUUUAAGAGGUUCUGUGUCGGGUAGUGUGCAAGCUACUGAUAGACUUAUGAAAGAAUUGCGUGAUAUUUACAGAAGCGACAGUUUUAAAAAAGGAAUGUAUAGCAUAGAAUUGGUGAACGACAGUUUAUAUGAAUGGAAUAUCAGGUUAAUGUGUGUUGAUCCUGAUUCACCAUUGCACAAAGAUUUGGUACUUCUUAAAGAAAAAGAAGGCAAAGACAGUAUUCUCCUUAAUAUGAUGUUUAAGGAAGCGUAUCCUUUUGAACCACCGUUUGUGCGAGUAGUUCAUCCCAUAAUAUCCGGUGGUUACGUACUGGUGGGAGGAGCUAUUUGUAUGGAAUUGCUCACAAAACAAGGCUGGAGUUCUGCGUAUACAGUUGAGGCAGUGAUAAUGCAGAUAUCAGCGACCUUAGUUAAGGGCAAAGCCCGUAUACAAUUUCAGGGUGCCAGUGGAGCCGGUAAAAAUUGUGGCGGACAAGGUCAAUAUAGUCUUGCACGUGCCCAACAAUCAUUUAAAUCCUUGGUGCAGAUACACGAAAAAAAUGGCUGGUUCACACCACCAAAGGAAGACGGCUAAUAAAUUACAUUCAAAUAAACAAAUCAGUGCCGAAAAUAAUUAAAAAAAAAAUGUCAUAUGUGAAAAUAAAAAUGAGUGCUUACAUCUAAAGACUUUAAGAUAAAAAAAAGUAAAGAAAAUAAAACAAAAGAAAAUAAUGAUGUGUGCCCCUUAAACAAUUAAUUGUUAACGUAAACAUAAACGAUUUGAUACAACAUAAAUUACAACAUUAAUUUAAGUAAUUAUAUAAUAAGAAACAAUUAUUAAUAAUUAAUUAUAAAUAAUUAAUUAAUAAUUAAUCUUAUCUAUAAUACGUUUAAAUAUGAAUUGCUAAUAAGGCUGCCGCGCUAACAGUUUCAAGUGAUUCAAUGUUAAGAUUUUUUUAAUUAAUCUCAUUAAUGUUUCAUUCGAUCGCAAAUUUUAUAUUAAUAUUAUAAUUGUUAUCAUCAUUAUUAAUAUCAUUAUCAUUUAAAUGUAUUUUAGUAAUGACGUUUAAUUAUAAUUUAAUUUUUUUUAAGUUUUAUGUUAACCACGUAAUUAAUAAGUUAAUUAUUAAUUUUGUUAUCAAAAUUUUAUGUUAACAAUCGUGCUUCCUUUUUAUUUUAUUCGAUGAUAAUUAAAUGAUAAAAUUUGCGAUCAAAUUUAUUAAUUUCUUUAAUAAUUAGAUUGUCAAAAUUUAAAUAAUUAAUCAUUUUUAAUAACGAAAAUAAUGUUUGUUCGUACGAUAAUACUUCUCAUUAAUUUAAUUAUCUGUUUAAUUUUUUAAUUAGUUUGUAAUAAGUUAAGUUAUUAUUUUUUUUAACGGGUUUUUUUUUUAUAAUUAUUUUUAAAAAGGGAUUUGCAUCGUACCAGCUUGUCUUGAUGACAGUUUUAUUUAGAGUUAACGAUGACUGAAUUAUUCCUUUAGUAUAUUAUUAUUAUUCUUAUCAAUAUUCUAAUUGUUAGUUUAAUUAUUAUAAUUAGUACUGUAAGUCAGCCUUGGAAACAAACAUACAAAUUUAACCACGUGUCCAUUGUUUUAUUAGUAAAAAAUGUAGUGUACUAAAUGAGUAUACUUAAUUAAAUUUUUAACAAUUACUUAAAAAAACGAGGAAGAUAAAAUAAUAAUUUUCGUAUCGAUAAUCUUUAUAAUUAUAUUUUUAUUUUUAUUAUAUUAUUUUUUUACACGAAUUUGAAAUUCGUACUCAAAUUUUGUAAUCAAUCGAACAAAUUUCAUAAGGAAAAAUUACUCAGAUAUUGUCAUAUAUAAUCAUGUAUUAAUAUAUGAUCAGAUAAGACAAUUUUUUGUAUUCGUUAUCUAUAAACUAGGCAUUCAUAAAUACUGAUUCCGUUGGAUCAUAAAUUUAUAUAUGGUCAUAUAUGACUUUGAAAUAUGAACAUAUAUGAUAUCAAUGGUCAAGCAGGAUCAUAUUUGGAAAUUUAUAUGGAUAUCUAGAAUUUAUCAGAAAUGAAAAAUCGUCUCAUCUGAUCAUAUAUGACUAGACACAUAUGUCCAUAUCUAUUUAUAUAUAGCAAAAUAUGAACAUAUAUAAUCAUCAUAUAUGAUCACAUAAGACAAUUUUUUGUACCCGUAUAAACUAGGCAUUCAUAAAUACUAUGAUUCCGCUCGAUCAUAUAAAAUUAUAUAUGGUUAUAUAUAACUUUAAAAUAUGAACAUAUAUGAUAUCAAUGGUCAAGCAUGAUCAUAUUUGUUAAUUAUGGAUAUCUAGAAUCUAUCAGAAAUGAAAAAUCGUCUUAUCUGAUCAUAUAUGACUAGACACAUAUGUCCAUAUCUAUUUAUAUAUAGCAUAAUAUAAUCAUAUGUUAUCAUCUCUUCAUAUAUGAUCAGAUAAGAUAAUUUUUUGUAUUCAUAUAAACUAGACAUUCAUAAUUACUAAUAUGAUUCCGUUCGAUCAUAUAAGAUUAUAUAUGGUUAUACCUGAAUUCCAAAUAUGAACAUAUAUGAUAUCUAUGAUCAAGCAGGAUCAUAUUUUUUAAUUUAUAUGGAAAUCUAGAAUUUAUAACAGAUACGAGAAGUCUCAUCUGAUCACAUAUGACCAGACACAAUUAUCGCUGUUUAUAUAUAGCAAAAUAUAAGCAUAUAUAACCAUGACUUCAUAUAUGAUCAGAUAUGUUUUUCAUAUGUUUACUAAUAUGAUUCCAUCGAAUCAUAUAAAAUUAUAUAUGGUUAUAUAUGAUAUCAUACGAAUUAUAUUAAUAAAUAUGUGAACAUAUAAAAGGUACAAAAAAAAUUUCCUAUUUGAUCGUAUAUGACUCAACAUAAUUAUGUAUGCCUAUAUGUUCAUAUACACUUAUAUAUGACUAUAUAUGUGCAUAUAUGAUUAUCCAUACUUCUACGUGGAUAUAUAUGAACAAAUAUGGUCACAUAUAUUUAUGUCUGUACUCACAUGGUCGUAUGCGAUCAAAUGGAGUAAUUUUUUUAAUUUUAUCAGACUUAAGUAUUUAUAUAAGAUGAUAUAUGAUCAUAUCUGACUAUUUUUUACCAGGUUCAUUGCCAACUCAUAAUUUUUUUUACGUUAUAAUAUUUUUGUAAAAGUAUUUUAUUUGUAUAAUUAUGAUACAGGAUCAAAAAAUAAUUAAGUUUCCGCGAAAAUAUCGUUUAUAUUUACAAUAUCAAAACAUAAGUAUUUUAUUAUAUAAAUUAAUUAAUUAAUUAAUUAAUUAAUUAAUUACUUUGUGCGGCUUAAAGUAUUAUCAUUUAUAAAUAAAAAACUUAAAUAAUUAAUAAUUCAAUAUUUUUAUUGUAACAACGAUAUUUACAUCUUAAUUUUUUUUUUAUAUUUAAACAUACAUUUGAAUAAAAUUAUGCAACAAAAUUUAAUAAUAAAAAUAUUACGACGUAAAAAAAAAUGUAUGCUCAGAAAAUUUAAUUAAAUUCGUCACUGAUUAACAGAAUAACGAUUAACGAUAUGAUUAUUAUAAUUUUGAAUUAAUCGAAAAAAAUAAAAUCGUAAAGUUUAAAAAAAGAAAUAAUCGAUUUUUUGCUUUGUCGUAAAUGCUUACGUCAAAAUAAAAACGAAAACAAAAUAUACAUAUAUAAAUAUAAUUAAAAUUAAACAAAAAAAAAAAAAUAAAAAUAUUUUUUUCGUUUAUUUUUUAUUAAAAAUACAAUAAGCCAUAUUUUUUUUACACAUUGAUAGUAAAAUUAUAAUUAUAAUUAUAAUCAAUUCGAAGUAAAAUAAAUUUCAUCAAUAUCGUAAAUGAAUAAAAAAAAAAAAUACAAACAAACAAUUAUAUUAAAAUAAUAAUUAUUAAAAAAAUAUAAAACUAAUAUUUAAAUAAAACAUUUAACUAUAUAGUUGUACUCAAUGUGACUAGUGCAAUCAAUGUUUUUUUUUUUUUUUUUUUUAUACUAGUGAGCGUAAAUACUACGAACUAUAAAAGAUAUACGUUUGUCUUUGAUAUGAAUGAACCAUUAAAAUUAUAAUUUAAUUAUUUUUAAUAAACGAAUAAAUAAUGCAAAGAGAAAUAUCAACAAAAAUAUUAAAAUAAAAGGAAAGAAACUAUUAAGCCUUGCCAAAGUUCAUCAUUCGCGUCAUAACUCGAAUUAUUUGUAACUUAAAAAAUGUAUCGAGUGCAUUCCUUUUUUUUCUUUUUUAUUUUAUUUAAAUAUAAAUUAAUUUAGUUUUUAUUUAAUUAUAAACAAUAAUUAAUUAAUUAAGUAAGUAAUUAAUUAUAAAUUAGUUAUUAAUUAAUUAAACUGUUAGAAAUGUACAUAAAUAUACAAUAACUCUU